AUGUACUUCAUUCACCAAGCUGCCGUUGCACUCACACCCUUGCUUCUCUCCGUCCUCGUCUCGACGACAUGCGCCGCUCUGAUUCCGACACGCAUAGAUGUCGAGCUGGCUGGUACGUCUCUCGUAGUGCGCGAUGUUCCCAAGUCGGCCCACUUCAAGUUGAACGAGCCCUCCUACGAUCUCUUUCGUCACAAGAAGCUUAGAGACGGCACUGUGCAGCAAAGCUUCGCUUUUGACCAAAGGAACCGCCGCCUCUUCGUCGCACAACUGAAGAGUGGAUCGCCCAAGGAGAAGGGUGAUCUCUGCAUCACCGAGCUUGACUUCUCAGGCAAUUAUGUCGGCCACAUGUACGUUCUAGGUUCCGGGCACGGCGUUGCCAUCGGCGCCGAGUCUGUUGGCUCUAGCACCUAUCUAUGGACCGAGGCCAACUGCAAGGCGAACGGCUAUGGCGAGAGGUUGGCUCGCUUCAAGUGGGCUAGCGGCAAUACUAUCGACGUAGGCAGCGGCUCCGACAGUGCCACCAAGUUCAAGCCUUUUGCGGAUUCCGCCAACACCAUCUGCAACAUCAACGGACUCGAUCAAACGCUUGUCUGUCGAUUCAGCUGCCCACAAGGAAAGUGUCUCGCCGGUUUCGCCAUUGAAAAGGCCAAUAAGGGUGACUUCUCGGCUCCUUUGUACAACGUGCCCCAGCCAAAGCUCACGGGACGAUCUGAUGUUUUUCAGGGCUAUGUGGCCUACGGAUCCUACAUCUAUAUGCUGACUGGGACGUCCAACGAUGUCAAUGGUGGAAAUUUGGACUCGGAGAUCACCAGCGUUGAUGUAAAUACCGGCAAGAUCCAUCAGGGACCCAUUUUCACCCAAGCUGGCAAGUCUCUAGACUUCAGGGAGCCAGAGGGCAUGGGCAUCUACACGACCGUAGCAGGGGAACCGCGUCUGUUCCUCGGAUUUGCGUCCGGUAAUGAAGCCGGCAACCGCCGCUGCAACCUAUUCUACAAAAAUGUUUUGAUUAACCCUGAAUAA